AUGUCUCUCGAAAACAAGGUGAAAGAAACCCAAACAACUACUGUAACGGCUCCAUAUUCUCGAAGGAGAGUAGGUAAUCCCCUCAUUACAAUUAUAGACUUGUUAUCAAUAUUGAUAGGUGCUUAUGGUGCAUAUACAAACAUAUAUACCGUUGAACUACCAUCUCACCUAGCAAAAGCAGGCCAUUGGCAAUUUUUGACCAAUUUGUCACUUGUUUAUUCCUUAGUAGUGUUUGCAAUUGGAUUUUUCGCCCAUAUUACCAAAUCCAAGACGCUUUAUCAAAUUAAAAACAAUAUUCACCCUAUUGGUUUAGCGUUGGAGCUUAUAGUUGCUGGUAUAUAUUGGCCUUUGCGUGUCUUCUUUCUCCACUUGCUUACCAAGGAUCCAUCAAAGUUUCAAGUACCAUUGUUAACCGAUUUAUCUAUUCAUUUAAUGCCCGUGGUUAGCUUACUUGUGGAUUAUUUGGUAUUUAUGCCAAAAUGGACAAUUAGCAACAAUACUGCGCUAUCGUUCAUGGUUGUACUCACUGUUUUUUACUGGUUUUUACUUGAAAGUUUGAUCGAUAAAGAAAAUGGGGGAAGUUACCCUUACCAAUUUAUGGAUGUAGAAAAGGACUUUCAUCGUGUACUAAUUUUUGCCAUUGUUGCCUUUGUCGCUUACUUCCAAUUCUUAACCAUGAAAAGGGUCUACGACUGGGUCGUUGGUGCUACUGAAGAAGCAUCCAUUGAAAUAGAUAAAAAGCUAGAUUAA